AUGCUGCACGGUCUCUACGGUUACAUCUUCGGCGCUGAGGACUCCAACGAUUCUCAGGUUUCCAAUGACAGCGAGACGUCGUUGAGUCCUGCUGGAAAGGUGACCGAGGACGACUGGUGCCUGGUUGAUGAUGCACCAUCUGGUCGCAGCUCCCCCGAACUUAUCCCUAAUUUGGAGCUUCGUGACAUCGACCAGCUGUCAUUCGCGUCGAAAAAGGUGAAGUCAGCGCCACCACCAACAGCCGAGGAAAUUCGACGAAGCGAAGAAUUGCGACAGGCGAAAGCCGCCAGCGCGCAUCGACUUCAAUUGGAACGAGUGCUGUUUGCCGAUGUCGACUCGCCAGGUAGUUCCGUAACGUUGACGUCGUUGAAGGCGAAAACGGCAUUGGUUUCUGCCGGCAAAUUGAAGCGUGCAACGGCUGCGACUCACGUCAAUAGUGAAGCAAAGACCAAAACGCGUUCCAAGAAAGUCGGCAAAAUGUCGUCAGGACGUAACAACGAUCGCAAGGUCAACAACAUCGACUAA